UACAGAUAACGGCACAGAUUUGUCUGAAAAUAUAACUGGGAAGGUGUGGUUGUGAAUGUGAUAUCUCUUACGUUAAAAUACUUUCUGUUUAACCAGAAUUUAGUUGGACUACGUGAUCGUUCUUUUCGUACCAUGAAGGCUACAGCCGAUCUGUCUUUUAACAACCGCCAUGGAUCUAAAACCACCGAAAAUAAAGUUGGAAAAUCAAGCAGAAGGGAGCGUGACGUAAUCCAGGAUGAAAUGCAGCAACUUUUAACUAAACUUAAGGAACUAGUACCCAACAUGCCAAGGAACAAGAGACUUUCCAAACUGGAGAUCAUUCAGCAUGUAAUUGAUUACAUUGUCGACCUGCAGAUCGCUCUGGAGACUCACCCGGCAACUCGGCCAGCAAACUCCGGUAACAAUCCUGGCCGCCAGCCGCUCGGUGUGCUCUCUCCUUCCAGUAACCCUUUGGUGAAUCCUUGCGCUGCCCAGGAGGCAACUCAUACUGAGAAGACACCAAGCAACCUAAGCGACCUAGUCGUCGGGCAGACAAGGCCUGUGUCGUGUUAGACUUAGUGUAGUCUUUUUUUCAUCAGGAUUGGCUUUGGAUCGCGAGAACGAAAUCCACGUUUCUUUAAUGAAUAUAAUACUAGUCCAAGAGACAUUUUACAUUGUGAAGAAUGAGCUGUGAUGUUUUUUGAGAAAGGAUUCGUCAAUUUAAAUACUUCUUAUGAUGUCACAAUUCACAAUCACUGGAUACAUUUAAGGCUAUAGCGACUACAAUACAAGUUACACGUCGUGUAUAAACCUUGGAAUCACCGGUGGCAGGAAAAGAUGAAGGAGAAAAGUAUUAAACAUUUUUGCGAAAAUCACCUUGUUUUAUUGUACUUGUAAUUUUCAGACUCAGGUUUUCAUUUUUUAUGCCUACUUAAAGUUAAGAAUUUAUUUCAGAAAAUAUUUUUGUGCUUCAUAAUACUUAAAAUUCCCGUACUUUAUUAUACUUGUUCAUUUUUUAUUAUUAUUGGAAAUACCCAAAGUUUAAGAAUUGAACACCAUUUCAAGGUAAGAUUUGGUCACAAAAAAGUGAACUUUGUUAAGUGCAAAAUGUGUAAAACUGUGAUUUUAUUAGUUUAUCUUAUGUACAAACUUAUGUAUAUUAGUUUGUGUAAAUUUUGUAUGUUAUGUUACAAAAAGCACUUGUGCACGAAAUCUUCUGGUCUUUGUACAAAACGUCACGGCAUAUCGCCCAGGGGUUAAGUUGUACCUUAUAUUAUUAAAGAGAAUCUUUACUGUUUUAGCUUGUACAAUGUUUGUGAUAAAAAGAAGAAAAAAAGGAGCUGGCAGACUGCCAAGUGUUUAUGUAUAUACAUUUAGGUAGUUCAAAAAAUGAGAUUAAAACAAGCAUCAAACUUAA